AUGCCAGAAAGCGUUCACAGUAAUAGUUCGCUUGAAGAAGGUGAUCCAAACCAGAACCGAAGCAUUAAUAAACAUGAAUUUCGAGAAUUGGUUUCAAAUAUCGAAGGAACAUCUUCUACAACAUAUGAAACGUCGGCUAGUCGUCUGCAUGACCAUGAAAUCAGUGCUGCUCAAUUGGGUCGGAACAACUAUCAAACAUUAUCAAGUGAAAUUUACCUUGAUGGUAGUAUUAGUGGCAGACGAUUACAACAAAAUGCAUAUAGUACACGCGAAAGUGUAGCAGUAGUAAACGGUUUCACGAAUGAAACCGUAAUUGAAACACAUAGUGUCGAAGAGACUAACAGAUUUCUUGAAAGAACAGCCAAUAUUUGCAGAGAUCCUGAUCCGAUAGUUAUUCGAAAAACAGUAGCGGACCGACCGGUAACAUAUCAGCAACGAGUUCUUGUUCGAUAUCUUCAACCACCACCUGCACCAGCACCAGGACCACUCAUUAUUAAAGAAGUGCGUGAACCUCAAGCAGCACCACUUCCACCACUUGUCAUACGUCAAUACGCGGAACCUGCUGUUACACCACCUCCACUUGUCUUACGUGAACGGCCACCAUUGCCACCAUCACCUAUUCCAAGCGAAACGGUUAUUCGCCGAAUACCUGGUCUACCUCCUCCUCCACGAUCGAUUAUUGUCGAACGUUUUCCAGCUCCACCGGAAAAACCACGUGAUAUUAUCAUCGAACGUUGGUUACCUUAUGGGCCUGCACCUGAACGUCGUACAAUUGUUGAAGAAGCGCAGGGUGCCAGUUCUGUAUCAUGUUCAGAAUGCCGCAAUCAGAUUGUUAUUUAUGAACGUGUUGAACCACGUGUAGUUCGACGAUUGGAAAAAGAAGAUGUCGUUAGAGAAAAUCCUGCCGAUUAUGUAGCUCGUUAUGGAAAUACACUGUUAGAUUCAACGACACUUGUUGAAACAGCUCGUAAUGCUGGCAUUCAUGAAGAUCUGUCUCUGCCAGCACUAUCAUAUUCGAGCGUACGCGCAAGUACUAUUGAUUACGGAGUAUCAGGUACGCAAUACGUAAGCAGUAGGACGAUUCGACGACGAGGAUUAUUUGAUUUCUCUCAAUAUGGUCUGCUUCCAUCCGAUUAUGUUCCUGGCAUGAUAAUUCACCGAAAAUUUGUAAGACCAACAAACUUUUCGUUUCCUUCAUCAACAUUGUGGUCAAGAAGAGUUGCUAAAUACAGGGAGCAAGUUGUUGACGGUCGUACAACAAGUGUUACUUUGGAAUUGCUUGAAGAUGGUGCAACUAUUUAUACUCGUACAAUAACCAAACAAGAAUAUAGAAGAAAAGAUGUUACUUCGUCAGCUCCGAAAUUGGCAUGGGAUGAUUUCUUGUUGGUAUUGCAAGUAUUCAUGUUGGGAAAUAGUCAGGAACGCGAAUCCGAUAUUGCACGCGCUUUCGACAUUCUUGACCAAGGUAGAAGAGGCCUCUACAAUCGAACAAUCACUUUGUCGGAUGGUCAAAUUUCACCCGAUGAACUACGAGCCUUUUUAUCAAUCCUUACCGAUGAAUAUCGUGUUGAUCUUUGUGUUUUUCUGGCUGAUACAGAUGGAUCUGGCCAGAUUAGUUUGUCUGAAUUUACCCGAUUGAUUAAAUCAGGAUUGGCAAGAGAUAUUAUCUGCGAAUCCGUCUAA